GUGCAGCGGCGGUGGCGAUCCCGCCGCUGGCGCGGCGUCUGAGGCCGGGCGCCGCCGCUGGCGCAGCUCCGGGUGCGUCUCGCCGUUCGGGCUCCUCGGCGGCGGCCUCCUCGGAUGCCCUCGGCGCGAGCAGCUUCCCCGCGUUCGAGCCGCCGCAGGUGAAGUACAAGAAGAAGGCCUUCUGCCCCGUAUGCGAGAAGCGCGUGGUGGCGGGCGAGACUGAGGAGAUGAGGCAUUCUUGCGAUAGGUUGUGGCGCAAGUACAUGCGCCUCAGCGACUUGCACUGCCCGCUCUUCAGGCACGUCUGGGUGAAGGCGCGGGAGGGGCCGGAGGAGGCACAUCACCUCUGGCAGAACACCCCGCGGCUGAAAGGCAGGUCCUGA